AUGGGAAACUGUGGUAGCAACCCCAAGACCAAUGAGGGUCCAGAACCAGUGCCAGUGCCUGCGCCUGCGCCUGAGACUGUGACCGAGGAAGUUAAGGUUGAAGCAAAUGUUGAGACCAAAACCGAGGAACCUGAUAACAAGUCCCUAGGCACCUUGCUCAAUGAGAAUGUAGAGGGGACACCGAAGACAGAGGAAGUAAAGGCUGAGGCUGAGGAAACAAAGGCUGAACCCAAGAAAGAAGAGGUAAAGGUUGAAGAAGAGAAGCCCAAAACAGAAGAGCCAAAGAUUGAGGCCUAA